AUGCUAGCUAGUAACAAUAGUUGUGUUGACCAGGCCAAACGACGAGGAGACGACGACGACGACGACGAUGACGAUGAUGAUGGCAAUCAUCUCUUCCAGAAUUUUCGUGAAAACAUCUGUUUACGUACAUGCAGGGCAUCUGAGUUGUUCUCGUUGACUCUGGUGAGCAAUUGUGAGACCAUCGACUGUAGAUCGUCCUGUCUGGGUACAUGCAAACCUGCAGCUGAUGUGCCAUCAACGGCAUUACCGAGCAUCUGA